AUGCGUGGACACAUCUUUAAGACCACCAGCACAGGUGACCUCAACACAGGGACCUACCAGGGCCAGUGGGUCGGUGGCAUGCGCCAAGGCUAUGGUGUGCGGCAGAGUGUCCCCUACGGCAUGGCGGCCGUCAUCCGCUCGCCCCUGAGGACGUCCAUCAACUCUCUGCGCAGUGAGCACACCAAUGGCGCCGCGCUGCACCCGGACGCCUCCCCAGCGGUGGCCGGCUCCCCAGCCGUGUCCCGAGGGGGCUUCGUGCUCGUGGCCCACAGCGACUCUGAGAUCCUCAAGAGCAAGAAGAAGGGGCUGUUCCGGCGCUCGCUGCUGAGCGGGCUGAAGCUGCGCAAGUCCGAGUCCAAGAGCAGCCUGGCCAGCCAGCGCAGCAAGCAGAGCUCGUUCCGCAGCGAGGCGGGCAUGAGCACCGUCAGCUCCACGGCCAGCGACAUCCACUCCACCAUCAGCCUGGGCGAGGGCGAGGCCGAGCUGUCGGUCAUCGAGGACGACAUCGACGCCACCACCACCGAGACCUACGUGGGCGAAUGGAAGAAUGACAAGCGGGCAGGCUUCGGCGUGAGCCAGCGCUCUGACGGGCUCAAGUACGAGGGCGAGUGGGCCAGCAACCGGCGGCACGGCUACGGCUGCAUGACCUUCCCCGACGGCACCAAAGAGGAGGGCAAGUACAAGCAGAACAUCCUCGUGAGCGGCAAGCGCAAGAACCUCAUCCCGCUGCGUGCCAGCAAGAUCCGGGAGAAGGUGGACCGGGCUGUGGAAGCGGCUGAGCGGGCUGCCACCAUUGCCAAGCAGAAGGCGGAGAUUGCAGCCUCCAGGACCUCCCACUCCCGGGCCAAGGCCGAGGCAGCCCUCACUGCGGCCCAGAAGGCCCAGGAGGAAGCACGGAUCGCCAGGAUCACUGCCAAAGAGUUCUCACCUUCCUUCCAGCACAGGGAAAACGGGCUCGAGUACCAGCGGCCGAAGCGGCAGGCUUCCAGCGACGACAUCGAGGUGAUCUCCAUGGGGACGCCCCUGCAGCAGGAGAGCCCGGAGCUGUACCGCAAGGGCACCACCCCCUCGGACCUGACCCCCGAUGACAGCCCCCUGCAGAGCUUCCCUGCCAGCCCCUCGGCCACCCCCCCACCAGCCCCUGCCUCCAGGAACAAGGUCGCCCACUUCUCGCGACAGGUGUCGGUGGACGAGGAGCGGGGCGGGGACAUCCAGAUGCUCCUGGAGGGCAGAGGAGGGGACUACGGCCGCCACAGCUGGGGCGAGGAGAAGGCCGGGGCCUCCAGGGGCGUCCGCAGCGGAACCCUCCGCAGUGGCCAGCCCGCGGAGGACUUCCGCACCCGGGGCUCGGGCCACAAGCAGCCCGGGAACCCCAAGCCCCGGGAGCGGCGGACGGAGUCGCCCCCUGCCUUCUGGACUUCCCACCCUCGGGCCAGCAACCCCAGCUCAGGGGGCGCCAAGCUGCUGGAGCUGGACGAGGAAAAGCUGAGCAACUAUGAGAUGGAAAUGAAGCCCCUGCUGAGGGUGGACUCCCACGGGCAGGAGGCCUACCCCCAGAAGAGACGCUACAGUAGGGGGGCUGCCUGCCGGGACCUGGGCGAGGACCGGGGCUCUGGGGCGCAGAGACUGAGAUUCAAGUCUCAGCACAGAGAGAACGUCCGGCCGGCCAUUAGCGCGGAGCCCGCGGUGCAGAGACUGGAGAACCUGCGGCUGGGCGACAGGGCCGAGCCCCGGCUGCUGCGCUGGGACCUGACCUUCUCCCCACCCCAGAAGUCCUCACCCGUAGCCCGGGAGUCCGACGAAAAGAACGAGGACGAGCUCAAGUCCAGCACGAUGAGUGGCUCAGCUCCCAUCCUGGUAGCCAUGGUGAUCUUGCUAAACAUCGGAGUCGCCAUUUUGUUUAUUAACUUUUUCAUCUGAUGAAAUUGUCACAUUAGCAAAAAUACCAGUUGGUGUACAAAAGGGGGACGUUAAAAGCAAAACAACAAAAAGGAAAGGAUCAUAACUCGGACAGCCCACAGCUACUUCCGAGUUUCUUCACAGAACAACACGAUUGGGUAUUACUCACAGUUUGCCUUUUUUUCUGGGUAAUGUUUUUUGGAUUUUAGCCAAAAUUCUUUGCUUGUAUAACACUAUGCUGUGUGGCAUGGCAGAAGGAGGCCAGCACGCCGAUCCUCCAGCUUGAAGUGGAAAGAAAAGGGAUCCCAGCAAAUCAGCGGCAAAAACAAUAAAAUCGUCACCAUCGUCAUCACACUCCCUCCAGGGACGUGGGAAAGGAGGCAGCCUAGGAGGACCCCUGAGUGUCCAGCUGUGGCCGCGGGGGGAGCAGCGGCCGGGAGGUGUGAGGCAGGGAGUCAGCUCACUCUGCUUCUCCUCCCUGUCCUGGAAUCGGGGGGUCAGUGUGGGCGAGGCGCGGGGAAGAGGGUGUCCCAUCCUGGCUGGCAGCAGCCUGGGCUUUUUCUGUUUUAAAUCUGUGCUGCAGAGUUAAGGAAGCAGAGGUCUGUCCUCUCUUCUCUUCCCCAAAAAACAGACCCCUGGUCUUGGCACUGCCCCACGGCUUUCCUUGCAAGGCCAGGUCCCACCCAAGUCUCACAGCGACAUCCUCAUUUCCCUGCUGUCCCUCUCUCUUCCCCAUCCUCCCACCAGACCCAGGGCAGCCAGGCUGCAGAUGUCCAGAGCCUGCAGAGGCAC